GGGGGGUGGAGAGGAGAGUACGGUGUCGCAUCCUACGGUGAUUCGGUGUGUGGCAAAAGGAGAAGAACGAGCCUGGAGUGAGCGAAAGGGGUGGAGGUGGUGGUGGAGGAGGAGGAGGAGGUGGAGGAGAGAGAGCAAGAGAGAAAGAGAGAGCAAGAAGGAAAGAGAGAGAGAGAGAGAGAAAGAGAGAGAGAAAGAGAGAGAAAGAGAGAGAGAGAGAAAGAGCGCGCAAGGCUGGGCGGAUAGCGAGCACCGCACGAGCAGCAUCCCGUCGCAACGAUAAUGCGACGACGUGCACCUUUACUCCUUUCUCUUUGAAUAAGUGUGCUUGCUGGGACGGUCCCUUACCUGCAGGGAUAUGACGUAAUGGCAAGAGAGUGCGUACUCGUGUAACGUGCCGAUAACGUAAAGAGUGCACACGGAUUUGUGGAAGAAUAAAAAAGAAAAGGAGAGAGAGAGAGAGAGAGAAAGAAAAGAAGAGAGAAAGAGAGAGAGAGAGAGAGAGAGAAGGAAAGAAGAGAAAGAGGAGAGAUCAUUUUGCGUGUCGCGUGUCGCGUGCGUGCGUGCGUGCGUACGUGCGCUGGCGCGCUUCAUUUAUCUCUGUGCCUUUAUCUAUUUUCUAUGUGUAUAAAUCGCUAUAUGUUUUCGUGCGUGCAUACGUAUCGUCCGUGUUGUAUUUUCUACGAGAUCUACGCACAGCCUCGGUAAAAAAAAAAAAAAAAAAAAAAGAAAAAAGGAACAAAAAAAAAGAAAAAAAGAAAAGAAAAGAAACGAGAAGAAAACCAUCGGGUACAAAGAUUCCGAGUGCAGCCAAUAGUCGACGUACCCUUCAUAAUUAGCACCACCGUCGAGUCUAAUGAACCCAGAGGAGUUACGGAGCAAGAGACCUUUUAAGAUAUGGGACAGUUGGCGUAAUGUAAGAAAGGGACUGGUCGUAAGCAAUUUCGAAGAACUGAUACAUCGAGGUAAAGAAAAACUGGGCGUACCGCAAAAUGAAAAUGUCUCUUUAGUAUUGGAAUCAGACGGGACGCAAGUGGAAGACGGUGAAUACUUCAAGACACUAGCCAAUAAUACGAUUCUCCUUUUAUUACGGCAUGGUGAACGGUGGUGUCCAACUGGUGUCGACAUCAUACGAGCCGCGAUAUCGGCGAUACCGAAAAUAGUUUGCGAAACGAUCCACGCCCUGGAGCUGCACGAUGAGACGCCAUCGUGGAAAAUCAUGGACAAUAAGGGACGAGUCACAGUGGUCCUACACUGGGACCAACGUUCGUCGUCGUCGUCGCAGGUUCAAUCGCAGUCGAAGGGCACAGAUGCCCAGUCCUCCAAGUAUUCGCCAACAAAGAAAGCCGAUCUGAGCGGGAGUCAACGACCCUCGUUGGUGAUUCAAACUAGCCUUGACAAAUUGAAUUAUGUGGGAAAGCCAACGCAUCUGGCGGGCGAGCUUGGUCCCAGCAGAUACGCGAGUCCCCAAAUCACUGUGAUAAAUCAUGAUGAUAUGCAAGCGCAACAACAGCAACAACAGCAACAACAACAACAGGCGCAGCAACAGGCACACGGUAUGCCAGGUCGUCUGGUGAAGCAAGGAACGAACUCGUUCGAAAGCACGACCAUUCAUAUCCAUACGCCAGAGUGUUCAAAUCACAUUCAUCAGCCGGUAGCAAGGAACGGUAGUCCUGUAAACGGCGCGGACAACGGGACGACCGGGGAAUGCGACUUUCAUUGUUGCGCCUUACACGAGGAAGGCCGUAGAAUCGCCGUGCACAAGUCGGUCGCAACCUCGCCGAUCCAGGACAGCCAACAUCAGCAGUACCAGCAGCAGCAUCAUCAUCCACACCAGCAGCAACAGCAGCAGACUCAGACACAGACACCGUCGCCCCAACCGCCCUCCUCCCUCUCCGACGGCACGAGGCGAUCGGGACUCGGUAAGGGCCACGUCAGAUUUCGCGAUACGACCGACGAGGAGUCGAGUCCCCGUCUAGGUCCCGGCAAUUCUACCGGAGGCUUUCAUCUACAUCAUCAUCAUCACAAUCAUCAUCAGGAGCAUGACAGUUCCGAGUCCGAAACCGAGAACACGAUUAUGGAGGACGAAAUCGUCACAUCUGAGAAGUUUUUAUUGCUAAUCGAUCAGCUCACCGUAGAUCAAAAGCAUCAUUUAAGCAUCAAGGACAUCGGCAUUAUUCUCGAACGUUUAAGCUCCAAGAUAUUGGAUGUCGAACGAUUGGAUCGCGAGAGCGAAAGCGAGGAGUGUUACAACUGGACGAUCAAGGCCAUCAUCAGGGGUGACGUACUUCGAGAAUUGGGCGUCAUUUAUAAUGGCAAUUAUUAUGCCAUAUCGGAGCAUCCGGGAUAUAAAGAGGAGUCCGAAGAGAAUAAUGAGGAUAACGAGGAGGAGGAGGAGGAUAGACUUUAAUACGAUGCUGUUUUACUAGACGGACAGACAGACAGAUAAAUAGAUAGAUAGAUAGGUAGAUAGACAGAUAGAUAUGUAGUUAGAUAGAUAGAUAGAUAGGUAGAUAGAUUAUAUACCUAUUAAUGGUAUUAUUAACAUAGCAUUUACUAAAACGUAAAAACUGGUUGGGGCUCGUUUCGAUGACCACUGCGUAUUAGUGGGUCAUAGGUACGAGCCGCAGGAGAGAUUUGCCGACAUGUUACCCGAGCAAACUCGAAUUGUAUGAAACUGAGUCGUGGUUGAAAAAAAAAACGCAAGAAAAUUUGUCGACUUUUAAGGUCGACCGUAGCGAAAAAAACAGACACAUUGCGGAUGUUCCGUCGGUGUUACCGACGGAAAUCACGGGGACGGGUUGUCUCGUAUUGGUUAAGGAUCGGCAAAAAGUGAUUUUUUCAAAAGGUUUUCAUAUAAUAAUACUACUACUACUACUAUUACUACUACUACUAUUAAUAAUAAUAAUAAUAAUAAUAAUAAUAAUAAUAAUAAUAAUAUAACACUAAUAAUGAAGAAAAAAAAGAAAGGAAUGCAUCAUUCUGAAAUCAUAUGAUACAUUAUAAACUUAGUUCUAAAGACGGUUGUUGAAAUAUCUACUUAUUAAAUAGUAUGUAUACUUGUAGGAAA